AUGAAGCUGCAGGCAAAGGAGGUGGAGGCGGCCCAAAAAGGUUCUCUCCACUUGUUCCAACUGCGUCCAACUGCUGCCGAGCUGCGGCGCGAUGACUCUGGCACUGGCAAACGGGGAAGCGGUAAAGGUUACAAGAGCACUGAUCACAACACCGCUAUUUUGAGCUGCAGCUGGAGGUGUACGCAAAGCUGCAGCAGGAAUCAAAAGCGUUGA